AGCUAAGACUCACAACAGAGCACACUGCAGCUGUUUAGUUAGAGUUUGUGCAGGAUUUUCAAAGACAAGAGUUGUGGUGAGUGUUUGGAAAGUCAUCUAGCAGUACGUAUCAAGGUACAUAUAAAGAGAAUGCAAGUCGUGGUAAUUAUAUACCAACACUGAGGUGAGAAAUAACGGGUAUGAGCGCAGAGGAGGAAUCAGUGGCUCCGACACCGCCCACCUGCGGUCUGUUGGGCCUUCUGCUGAAGAACAGGCAUCCCACUGGAGCUGUCAAUGAGGUCUGGCCCGACCUGUUCAUCGGGAACGCGGCGACAGCUCAGGAUAAGACUCUUCUACAGAAUCUGGGAAUAACACACGUGGUUAAUGCUGCAGAUGGUCCACAGCACAUUGACACCGGGCCACGUUUCUACAAAGACACCAACAUACUGUAUCAUGGAGUAGAAGCAACGGACUGUAGAGGUUUUGACUUGAGCCCGUUUUUCUCAGAGACUUCUGAUUUCAUUCACAGAGCUCUGAGUCAGAAAGGUAAGGUGCUUGUCCACUGUGCUAGGGGAAUCAGCCGCUCAGCUGCCCUUGUGCUUGCCUUCCUCAUGAUCAAAGUGGGUCUUACCCUGGUGGAGUCUGUGGAGGUCGUUUGCACGAGCAGAAACAUCCUCCCGAAUGUCGGAUUUCUGAACCAGCUCUGUGAGCUGGACUCAACUUUAGCUUUGCAAAGAAGAAAAACACAUGUGUGGAAAGAAGCCAUGGUAAUAAAAAUGGCUUCUCAUAAGUCAAAGAGCCGAGCAAAGAUAAAUGUUACAAAAGCAGCAGAGGAGUCCAGCACAGCGGACGAUUAUGUCACACCUGGGGGCUACGAGCUGGAGAAAAUCCUCAACCGUGGGAGCGUGGCUUACACUCAUGUCAACGAGGUUUGGCCUAACGUCUACAUUGGAGAUGAACAGACCGCAAAGGACAAGCUCACCCUGAAAAGCCUGGGGAUUACUCACAUACUGAAUGCAGCAGAGGGGACAUGGAACAACGUGGACACUGGACCGGGUUACUACAGGGACAUGGACAUCGUUUACUAUGGUGUGGUUGCAGAGGAUGUCCCAGCAUUUGACCUCAGCCAGUAUUUCUUCUCUGCUGCCAAGUUCAUUCAGGAGACGCUGGGAAAGCCUCAGAAUAAACUGCUGGUGCAUUGUGUGAUGGGAAGGAGUCGGUCCGCCACCCUCUUUCUCGCUUACCUGAUGAUCUACGAGAAGAUGACGGUAGUGGACGCCAUCGAGCACGUAAAAAAAUGCAGACGGAUCAUCCCCAACUGGGGCUUCCUGAAGCAGUUGAGGGAACUAGACCAACAGCUCCUGGAGGGAAGAGAAGGCUGAUUCUGCUCUACGUCUCAAUAAAAAUCCACUUCGAAGUCAAAAGAUUAGACACAAGCAGGAAACAAAUCAGGUCAACUAAAUUUAACAAUCUGACAUGGACUUCUACAUUUAUUUAUGUCCUUGCAUAUAAAUAAGAAUAAAGGAACUUUUGGACAGCC